UUCUUAAUGCGACAGAGCCAACAUGGCACCAGUUUCCUUGACAGUAAGAAACGGCAACCGGCACAUUCAUUCUAUUGGUAAUUAGAGGUACUGACUGAGUCGUAAUAUCGUGCGUGUCAAGAUAGGUUGCACAGGAGGAAACUUGACAUUUUGAAGCACCUGAGACUGUGCAGGCCGUAUAGAAGAAGCUGUGACACAUCAGCAUCGGACUUUGCGACAUGUAGAGUUUUUUCAGUGGUUAUGUUAGACGUCUUUAAAGGCGUGUGGGAGGAAGAAGUAUCUAUAAUAUUGGAGAGAAAUGAAUUAUGCAGCGCUACAGAAAAAAAAAUGGUCUUGAGAAAGACUUUCUUUUAGUUGAAUCUCUUGGUUAACAGUGCACACCAGAUAGGAUGCUCAUUUUGGUAGAAAUUGUAUUCAUCGUUUUUUGCCUUGAAGAGACGCAACCAUGGGCAGAAUAAACUUUUCCUGUCUGUUACCAGCGUCUUGGCACUUCAGUUUGGCUCCUGUUGGAGUGCCCAGAAUUGUGGGACUGGCUUUGCGCCAACUGUUGCUGCUUGGCAUCUGUUUGGGGAUGAUUUUGCUCCUGUACUUCAUUCUUGUGAUGACCCGGAGCAAACAUAGUUGGUUAUUUAAGGAUAAGCAGUUUCAGAGGUAUUUGGCACGAGUCACAGACAUGGAAGCUACAGAUACCAGUAAUCCUAAUCUGAACUAUGGUAUUGUAGUGGACUGUGGAAGUAGUGGAUCAAGAAUCUUUGUGUAUUGCUGGCCAAGACACAAUGGAAAUCCACAUGAUUUGCUAGACAUCAAACAAAUGAGAGACAAAAACAGGAAACCCGUGGUGAUGAAAAUAAAGCCAGGAAUUUCUGAUCUUGCCACCACUCCGGAGAAAGCCAGCGAUUAUAUCUACCCUUUGUUGAGUUUUGCAGAAAACCACAUUCCCAAAGGGAAACACAAGGAGACACCUUUAUAUAUAUUGUGUACAGCUGGUAUGAGGAUCCUGCCUGAAAGUCAGCAGGAAGCUCUCCUUGAGGAUCUCCGUACAGACAUCCCUGUUCAUUUUGACUUUCUUUUUUCUGACUCUCAUGUUGAAGUUAUAUCAGGCAAACAAGAAGGCGUUUAUGCUUGGAUAGGCAUCAACUUUGUGCUUGGAAGGUUUGAUCACAUUGAAGAGGAUGAUGAUGCAAUUGUGGAAGUUCAUAUUCCCGGCAGUGAAAAUCAAGAAGCACUGAUCAGGAAGCGCACUGCUGGUAUCCUGGACAUGGGUGGCGUGUCUACACAGAUUGCUUAUGAAGUCCCCAAAACCGUAAGCUUUGCCUCUUUGCAGCAGGAAGAAGUCGCCAAGAAUUUAUUAGCAGAGUUUAACCUUGGCUGUGAUGCCCAUCAGACUGAGCAUGUUUAUCGAGUCUAUGUGACAACUUUCCUGGGUUUUGGGGGUAAUGCUGCCAGGCAGAGAUAUGAAGAGAGUCUGUUUAACAAAGCAGCAGUUGAAAAUGGGUUGCUUGGUAAACAUAUUGGUGAAACAUCUGAAUCUCCAUAUUUGGAUCCCUGCCUUCCUCUGGAUAUUGAGGAUGAAAUUCAGAAUGGUGGAAAGUCACUUUAUCUCCGUGGGACAGGUGACUUUGAUCUUUGCAGGGUUGUUAUCCAGCCCUUCAUGAACAAGACUAAUGAAACGCAUUCAUCUCUCAAUGGAGUGUAUCAGCCACUCAUUGAGUACACAAACAGUGAAUUUUAUGGAUUUUCUGAAUUUUACUACUGCACAGAAGAUGUUCUUCGUAUGGGAGGUGACUAUGAUGCUACUAAAUAUUCUAAUGCUGCUAAGAGCUACUGUGCCACCAAGUGGACAACACUUAAAGAGCGAUUUGAUCGAGGACUUUAUGCGUCUCAUGCAGAUCUUCAUAGGCUCAAGUACCAGUGCUUUAAAUCUGCUUGGAUGUAUGAAGUUUUUCAUGUGGGAUUCUCCUUCCCAGAAAAUUAUAAAGGUCUCAAAACUGCCCAACUGGUUUAUGACAAAGAGGUUCAAUGGACUCUUGGUGCUAUUCUGUACAGGACACGUUUUCUGCCUUUAAGGGACAUCCAACAAGAGAACUUCAAAGGAUCUCAUUCACACUGGAGAGGAUUCUCUUUUGUUUACAACCACUAUUUGUUUCUAGUGUGUUUCCUUGUUGUUUUGCUGUCUAUCCUUUUAUAUCUGCUGCGUUUACGUCGUAUCCAUCGAAGAAUGCAACGUAACUUGUCAUCUUCUGCCCUCUGGAUGGAGGAGGGAGUAGCCACUGGGAUAGGUACUGGAACCAUAUAAUUACCAGUGGAUGGGUAACAUUCAUGGACUGUAUAUUUAAAAAAAAAAAAAUCUUCUAGCCAUUAAACCCAUGGAAGAAGAGCCAUGUUGAUUAACUUUUAUUCACAGAAUUGAAGGAGGAGCUAAGGCUAAUGAGACAGUGAAUAUUCUAUAGCUUUUAAAAGCUUUGUACAAUCUUUAGCAGACAUACUUUGCUGUAUUUGUGUGAAUUUGCACCACAGUCAUAAUCUUUAAAUGUCUGAACUGGAAUGGUCUCAGUACUGUAUGGCAGGUUAUUUUUUUUAUUUCUGCCUGGAAAUGUUUAGCUUUUUUAAAAACUCAUGUGGAAUAACUUAUUUUUAGUCCUAAAGUGUUUGAGGGGAAAAAAAUAUUUCAUGAAGUAUAUGCAUCUUUAUUGUGAAUUUUGGAGGAUCUUCCACUGUGUAAAUCUUAAGUAUUGUUUGUCUUCAACUGUUAGAUGUUUUUGCACACCAUUAAUGACCAGCAGUCAUGCAUCAAAAAUUUGACUUGCUGUCCUAACUUCCAAAUGAAGCAAUACAUGUUCAGUAUCAUAACCUUAUUAAAUCUGUACAUUUCAUUAAUUGCAAACUGUUAAUUUAAAAAUUGUCAUACGCUUUCUUUUUUUUCUACUUGAGUCAAACAGCAGUUAGUGAGCAGCUCUUGUCUAUAUUUAAUAUUUUUUAAAGUAAGUUAUCACUCUUAAUUCUUUUUGUUACCCAUUCCUUUUUAAAGUUUUGUCUUUUAUUCCAAAAUUUUAGAAUUUUCAUUCCACAUAUUUGAAAUAGCUCAUUUCUGUCAUUAUGGAAUAUGCUUUGUUAAAUUUUGAUGGUAUAUGUUUCCUUUUAUGAGUACAUCCCCUCAUUUCUGUGAUCUUUCUUACUGAAAAUGGUUAAGUUUUUUGUCAGUGUGU